AUGGCCAAAACAGAGUCCAUUGAUGCGCUUUUGGCCCCAUCCUUACGCGUUUCCCGGCCCGUUGCAGCGUGCGCAAGAUGCAGGUCGGCCAAGAUCAAAUGUGAUGGAAAGCUCCCAGCUUGUUCCGCUUGUGAGCGAUCGGGCAAGGGAACCAGCUGUACCAGUGCCAACGACGAGUUUGCUAGGGGCAAAGAAAGAAGUUAUGUAGCGGCUCUCGAGGCUGCUGCCCAGAGACUGCAAAAGAAAAUUGAACGUUCCAGGACGGAAGCCGCCAUUCAAGGGACUUCGUCUUCCUCACAUUCAGCACAGCGUCCGCAGAAACCCAGAAGAAUUAGCGGUACCCGACGAAGAGAGGCAUCAGAUCUCGAUGAACUGGUGAGCGACUUUGGAUUCUUGACGGUCAAUGCCACCUCGAGAGAUUUCCAUGGCUUCACUUCGACCAUGUCGUUUGCCAAACUACUUCUAUCGGCCGCUGCCAGAGAUGAAUUACCUCCGGUCGAAACUCGAGGCCUCCCGCCACGAUAUGCCAUCACGCCCAUGAUCAACCACUAUUUGGAGAACAUUUACGUGCUUCUGCCAUUCUUCUCCGAGACAGAGCUGAUGAGUAGCCUCUCUCGAAUCUACAACGACUCCUCAUCCGUAUCACCUCUGGACGUCUGGAAUGUCAGGUUAAUCAUGGCCAUUGCAUACGCAUCCUGCUCGCAGCGGAAAGGAGACGAGAAUGAUAAGACGGCGUUGCAACAUAUGGCCGCAGCCAGGAGUCUGGCACAUUAUGUCCUUCACCCGGGCUCAAUCACGGGUGUACAGGCUCUUCUCCUGCUGGUUCAAUACGCAUUGGUGGAUCCUGCUCACUUCGACAGUUGGUAUCUUGUUGGCAUGGCUUCACGGCUUGUGAUAGACCUGGGGCUCCAUUGUGAGCCUCCACCAGAGACCAAAACCAGCAAGACCACGCUAGACCUGCGACGGCGAAUAUUUCACUGCACUUAUGCGCUCGAUCGACUUGUGAGCAUGUCUCUCGACCGAGCAUUUUCUUUCACCGAUGAUUCUGCUGCGGACGUGCAGCUUCCAACCGUGGCCACGGAGAACUCACCAUCGGCAUUGUUCCUUCGCUCAAUCAGACCGUGUCUCUUCCUGUUCGACAUCCGUCGAGUCCAGUCUGCAUUCUAUCAGACCACGCGAUGGUCCUCCCGCACUCAAUGGCCUCUUGCAACGGCGGCCACAUAUGCCAGUUCUGUGUCGAACGACAUCCAUGCCUGGUACUCGACAAUUCCACCGAAUUUGUCACAGCGCCAUCUUAUGCUCUUCAAUCUCGAAAGACUGUAUUGUCAGAUCUUGGUUGUAUCUCCCAAUCAAAGAGUGCCUGCAAGUAGCAUGACGGAUCUGAACAAGGAGCUCGUGUUUGAGUAUUCUGCUCAAUAUGCGGAGCUGUUGCAGCCCAUCACUCAAGAUGUCACAUGGCACGCAUAUUUGACCUAUGCCGAUAUUUGCAGAGCUAAACAUGUUGGACAGAAAUUCGUGGAGGUGAUGUGGUCGGACUUUGAUCGUCUGCUCAAGACCUCACAUGCCAUUCGAGAAGGAUCACCUCUUGCCAGCAGCGCCCCCUUGGAUAACGGCCAACGGGCAACCAUCUUCUUGCGGAAAAUCAUUGAGAUCUUGGACUUUGCUAGACAUCGAUGGGCCAUACCGGAGAUGCGGGAAAAAUUUGAGCAAGAAUCAGCGGUGCUCUUCUCACGAUUGAAGAGCCGACAACUGGAAGUCAAGCCAGGACAAUACAACAACCCUCCUAAUCCUACUGCUGGCGUGGCCUACAACCAUGGGACCAACAACAUGUAUCCGAACGCUCCUCAGUUCUCGUAUGACAGCAAUACGAUGGCACAACUGCCCAGUCCUCCGGUGAAUCAGGAUCAUAAUGUCCACCCAGAUAUGAAGCCACAGCAGAUGUUGACGCCUCCCGAGGACUACCGCAUGCCAGUAAAUUACGGCAUGCCUCAAGGAUCUCUGCCACGGCGCAGCUACGAAUUCUAUGGCGGUCGGAGCUGA